AAUAGCGUUACUUUACAAGAAAUAACGCAACAAUGAAAAAGAAGAAGGUUUUGCUUAUGGGCAAAAGCGGAUCAGGGAAAACCUCAAUGCGAUCCAUCAUCUUUAGCAAUUAUAUUGCCAGAGAUACACGACGGCUAGGAGCUACAAUCGAUGUGGAACAUUCCAACGUAAAGUUUCUGGGUAAUCUAGUACUAAACCUGUGGGAUUGUGGAGGUCAAGAAGCGUUCAUGGAAAAUUACUUUGCUUCGGAGCGAGACCGGAUAUUCAAGAAUGUGGAGGUGCUCAUCUACGUAUUCGAUGUGGAAAGUCGCGAUUGGCAAAAGGAUUUGCACUAUUACCAAUCGUGUUUGGAUGCCAUAUUAGCCAACUCCAAAGAAGCGAGGAUUUUUUGCCUCAUUCACAAAAUGGAUCUUGUUCCCGAACCCCAACGAUCGCAGAUGUACGAAAAACGUGUAUCAGAGCUUCGAACACGGUCGGAACCAUUACACAUCCAAGCAUUUAGCACGUCGAUCUGGGACGAGACAUUAUAUGCGGCUUGGUCGCAGAUCGUUCACUGUCUGAUACCCAAUAUCCAAGUCUUGGAAUCGAAUUUGGAGCAUUUUUGUCGCAUUUGCGAUGCCGAUGAAGUCGUUUUAUUCGAACGGAUCACGUUUCUGGUCAUUGCCAACGCAGCCACCAUUAAGCAUCCUGACCUUCAUCGAUUUGAAAAGAUUAGUAACAUUAUCAAACAGUUCAAUCUCGGAUGCAGUCGAUCUCAAACACGGUUCAAGAGUAUGGAAAUUCGCGGAAGUACAUUCACAGCUUUUAUCGAUGUGUUGACGAACAAUACGUAUGCCAUGAUUGUAAUGUCCGACCCUAAUAUCCAAUCAGCUGCCACUUUGCUGAAUAUUGCUGCUGCUAAAAAGCACUUUGAAAAGCUGGAAGGCGAAAAGAUGGAAGGAGAUAGAUUGGAUGGAGCACGAUAAAAAAAAAAAAAAAAAAGCCUAUGAUUUUCAAUGCAACAUCACAUUCUGAACAUAAAGGAACCCACAAAAAUUUGGUUGAAUUGGAUGAGAGUCCAUGACAUUGGAGGGUCCCUGAGAUUAAGAGGCGCGU